AAGAUAUCUGACAUACGCUGAUUAAUUCACCGGCUUGAGCAACAGCAAGCUCUUGACGGAUUUGUUUCAUGAAGACAUUUUUCUUGUCUUCUGAAGACACUGAAGGUCCACUGUUACCACCAAAAAUUCCCAUUUUGAUCUGUUGAAGUUGUUUAAGAAGAAAACCUUGUAGAUGUUGCCUUUCGUAUUCCUUGCGGGUAAAAGGGCAAGUUGGUAUGUACUGGAAUUUGAAAGAAGGUACCCUACCAAGGGGAAGGAUUCCAAAAGGACGGAAGGAUAGCCUUGAAUAGGAAAUAUGGUUUCUUUUUAACUUCUUAUAAAGCAAGUUGUUUUUUAAUUUGCUCGAUUUGAAAACUGAAGCUUUUGAAGAAUUGCAAUCUUCGAACUCACGAUUUUGUUGCAAUAUAUUGUAAACGUCCCCUCAUGAGUUUUUUGACGUCCUUAGGACUUAUUAUAACUGCUUUAUGAAUAGUUUCUGAGGCAUGUAAUAUGAAAGCUUCACUAACGGAUUUCUAUGAGUUUUCUGAAAAAUGAAGGCAAGCUGGCAUUAGAACAAGGUUGCCAAAGCGUUUAAAAGAGCUAGGUACUAAGUUUUGUAUUUCACGAGUCGAAUUGAAAAGCACCAAAACUUACUUAUAACUACGGGAAAGGUGUCUACUAGUCGGGAACAAGAACGGCGAUGAAUCCCAAGUACAACGGUUUUAUGAUUUUCAAAAUUUUUAUUCAUGUUCUCUUCAUUCUCAUACUUUCCUGUUUUGAAUUUGCUGGAUAAAAACGCAGCCUGUCUACUCAGUUGAAAAAAGAGCAUCAACGUUCCAAGCUUACUUACUCGAUUUGUAUGCGAAAUACUUUUAGAAUUGAUGUUUUUUCUUCAAUUGUUGUCUAUUGGUUUAGCAUGUUUAUGAAUGUUGAAAAAGUUUUUCAUGAAUCAAGAAUUUUAACAUCUGAAUCAUCAAGUCCAUGGCUUUUUUUUUUUUCUCACCCCUGCCUGUAACUAAAUUUCUUGGAAUUUAUCUUGUCUGAAAUAAGGCAAUCAUGGAACGCUUAGCGAUAUGUAGACAUUCAUAUCUGUGCUCUUCCUUACAUGCCUACUACUAUCAUCUUUUUGUUAGUGGAAUACUAACAAAAAAUACCCUAAUAUAUAGUUACAUAUAGUAUUUGCAUUAAAUUGUUUGCAUUUCUACUACUGUUUACUUUUCCUGGCAAAAACCGAUAGAUAUUUGGUGUAGUUUUCGUUUUGCCCUUUGUGUGUGCCAGGACAGCGAUCAGUGCUAAUUUCUUGACUGAUUCAAAAAAUUUGAAGCGAUUGUAGCAUUUACUUUGCAUUGGACACUCUCAAUUGUUGAUAGCCGUUGAAAUUGCCAUUUUUAGUUUGUUCGUUAUCCAAGAUGUUUGGAGUCCAAUUGUCGGAAUCCAUAUUGAAUUUUUUAGUUGACUUUUCUUCUUUUCUAGGAGCACUCUCAUUAGGAUGCUGGGUUGUUUUGUUGAUUCCCCAAUUGCUGGAAAAUUACAAGAAUCAAUCGAGUGAUAGCAUUUCACCAUUGUUCCUCAUUCUAUGGUUAGUUGGUGAUGUAUUCAACAUUGUUGGCUCUAUUUGGGGAAAUGUUUCUUCAACUGUUUUAGUACUCGCGAUUUAUUACAUUGGUGCUGAUUUUGUCUUGCUCCUACAAGUGUACUACUAUCGUUGGAAAGCGUUUCGCAAAUCCAGAAAUGAGCAUGAGCCGUUAUUGCAAAGCCGUUCACUAGAAGAAGGUCUUCAUGAGCCGUUAGAUAAAAAUUUGAUCUGGUGGGAUCGUCUUUCCCUUCGCGGUCAAUUUGGAUUCAUGGCUUGUAUUGUACUCAUAACGACUUUUAUUGGAAAUGUUUUAAUCAACAAUGCCUCUUCCGAUAAGAGUGACGAUCAAGUAAAUAAAUGGCCUUUUAUAGCGGGUUGUAUUAGCUCGAUCUUAUACUUUGUCGCCAGAUUCCCUCAAAUUAUCAAGAAUUACAAAUCGAAAUCUACCGAUGGACUCUCUAUAAUCUUCUUUAUUCUUUCCAUGCUAGGAAAUACGGCUUAUACGUUGAGCAUCUUGGUGUAUCCCGCUGCAGAUUAUGUGAAUUACUUUAAGGGUAAUCUCCCAUGGAUUUUUGGCGCUUUCAGUACGAUUUUCUUAGACAUAUUCAUUUUCUACCAAUUUUUGCUUUACCGUCAUCACUCGCACUUUUAAACAAACGUUGGAAGAAAGAAGAAACCCCCAAUAUAAAUAUAUGUUACCUAUAGAGUUUAUCCAUUACUGCCAGUGUGGUAAUAGUACGGCAGAGGGAAAGAUGUCUAAUGGUUUUAUUAGCAUGUACUCUAGAGAUAAUAUGAAUAUAUUCCUUUGCGAUUGCAACUUUGAAUUGCCAAUAACACAUACCUUUCAAUUGAGAAAUGGGACGAUCGAAAACAUCGGCGCCGUAGGUUGCGCGAGGAAACGUUGUCAUAAAAGCUGUAGGCAAAGGCACUUGAAGUUUCUCAGAAACUUGCUGCGCGACAUCUCGUAGGGACUGCUCUGCUGGAAUGACAAGGUUGCAAACUUGGCCCUGGUGACGAAUAGAGAAACGGCCUGAAGACGGAGGAGCACGAGAAGGGGCUGCGGUAUCCGCAGCAGCAGAGGUAGAAGUAGAAGACGGCUUUUUUGUAGAAGGGACGGUAGUAGAAGAAGCACUGUUCGCCGCUGACGAGGUAGUAGCAGCACGUCGCUUUUUAUCAGCCUCAAUUUCAGCCAAAAUUUUUUUUCGCUGCUCUUGAUCUUCAAGCUUUUGUUGGCGCAUUUUCUGUAGCUCACGAAGACGUGUUUGGUCUUGAAGCUGUCGCAUAGCCUGAGCCGUUUCGUCAUUGGACUUUUGAAGGAUUCUGAAAUUUUUCUUCUUAUCUUCUUCUUCAAGAGCUUCCUGUUGCUUCUUCUUUUCUUGAGCCUUCUUCCUCAUUUCCUCUAUAGCUGCCUUUAUUUCCUCAGGAGAUCGUUGUCGAACCUAGAGAAAAUCACAAAGUUAGCUAGACCACGAACCAUACUAUAAGAGAGCCAGGAUUGUCCGUUUCUUUCCUUACAGCUCAGCACGUACCUGUUCUUCAGUUUCUUCGAAAUUUUCAUGGCCAGACUUGACGCCAUGGAAUUCUGCCAUUUCAAUUGAAGAAAGCAAUUUUCCGCAAUCAGAGCAUUUCAGUGUCAUUCUUAUUUGCUGGAUAUUUAUAAUGGAGACAAGAAAUAAGACAAGAUGCAACGAUGGAACAAUGUGGGAUUUGUUUGAUUACAGACUUGAUGACAAUUUCAGCGUACAAUCAACUGUUCAAUACUGCUAAGUCUAAAAGGUUUCCUUCUGAUUAACGUGUUUUGGAAGCGGUUGGUCUUUGGUUUUAUUAUGUUUGGUUCUUUCUAGAAACCCAAAAGUUGCCAUGGAAUGAUGUAGACAGCUUAGCAUGCCUCUCGUAAAUCCAAUUCAAGAUGAAUGCCACACGUUCAUUUUCAAUUGAAUUUCUUUAAAAAAAGAACUUUUACAGUGGAUGCAGACUUUUAAAACUCGUCUAUUUCUCUGAGAACACAAUUUUGAAGCAAUCCUUCUUUUUAUUUUCGCACUACUUACGGUGUGAUUUUUUUUCAUCUUGACCCUUUAUCAUUCAUCUUUCUUUAAAAAUAAAUUCUCCUCUUGAU